CUCUAGGUUUUUAAUUCCUCAUUUCGAUCCAUACCCACUUUUCCUUUCUUUUUGAUCUUCUCUCUCUAGCGAUGUCUCUCUCUAAAAUUUUGGCGGAGGAGUCUCUUCCGGGUGGGUACCGAUUUCGCCCUACUGACGAAGAACUCAUCAAUCACUAUCUGAAGUUGAAGAUCAACGGCGAUGAGAAGCAAGUCAGUGUUAUUCGAGAGAUCGAUGUCUGCAAAUGUGAACCCUGGGAUUUGCCUGAUAAAUCGGCAAUAAAGACGACCGAUGAAGAGUGGUUCUUUUUCUGUCCUAAAGAUCGCAAGUAUCAGAAUGGGCAGCGACUGAACAGAGCGACUCUGGCUGGGUACUGGAAGGCCACGGUAUUUUGAUGGAUAUGGAUAUCAUGGAACAUCAUUUGAGCAAACAUAUCGAUGUUACCCUGCAUUUUUUAUUGAUAAG